GGCCAGCAGUCACAUGCCAGCAGGUGUGAGUAGACAGUGGGGAACAAUUUCCUCUCAUGUGUAUGGCUCCCUAAAGUGUUGGCUGAGCAUUGUCCACAUGGGUGAUGCCAAGGAUCACUCCACUAGGAGCAGUUGGGAAAAAAUACAAUCAUUGGGAAUUCCUGUAGCAUCGAAGGUGCCUACAGGGAGGGAGAAGUAUUCGUAUAACAGUUCUCUGGUGUUCUCUGUUGUAGCAGCCAGUCAGCCAGAAGGGUUCAGCUGCUUGAAAUGAGAAUGGCUGGAUCAAAAUGGCAGCUCAGGAUUUAAAGGAUUCUAGUCAGAUACCAGACAUCCUCACAUAGAGAAAACUCUGAAUGGCUGGGGGAGAAGGAGUCAAAUGCCCUGGAUCUUUUUCUUGGGCCUCAAAGUCCUCCUUCUGUCAUCAUCCUUCCAGUAUUGGGCAGGACCCUGACUGCAGGCAUCAUGGCCUCUGUGAACUUCUCAAGGGUAUUCUUCAGCGGAAAUAAGGAAACAGUUUACUCUCCCACCAAACCUUGGCCAGUACCAUCGACAGAGCAUAAGUACCUCUGGCUUCCCCUCUCUUCAACUACCUCAGUUUUAUGACCCUGUGGAGCCAGUGGACUUUGAAGGACUUCUGAUGACACACCUGAACAGCCUGGAUGUGCAGCUUGCCCAGGAGCUCGGGGACUUCACUGAUGAUGACUUGGACGUGGUGUUCACGCCAAAGGAAUGUAGGACUCUGCAGCCCUCUUUGCCGGAGGAAGGGGUUGAACUGGACCCUCAUGUCAGGGACUGUGUUCAGACCUACAUCCGUGAGUGGCUAAUCGUGAACCGGAAAAACCAAGGAAGUCCAGAAAUCUGUGGCUUUAAAAAGACUGGAUCUCGAAAAGAUUUUCACAAGACGCUUCCGAAACAGACGUUUGAGUCGGAAACCUUGGAGUGCAGUGAACCCGCUGCUCAGGCAGGCCCCCGCCACUUAAACGUGCUGUGCGACGUGUCUGGGAAAGGCCCCGUCACUGCCUGUGAGUUUGACCUCCGCAGCCUGCAGCCUGACAAGCGGCUAGAAAACCUCCUGCAGCAAGUGAGCGCCGAGGACUUUGAGAAGCAGAACGAGGAGGCCCGGAGGACCAACAGGCAGGCCGAGCUCUUUGCCCUUUACCCAUCAGUGGACGAGGAGGAUGCUGUGGAAAUACGUCCAGUACCAGAAUGUCCCAAGGAACACCUGGGCAACAGAAUAUUGGUCAAGUUGCUGACCUUGAAGUUCGAGGUUGAAAUUGAGCCCCUGUUUGCCAGCAUUGCCCUCUACGAUGUUAAAGAAAGGAAAAAGAUCUCAGAAAAUUUUCACUGUGACCUGAACUCUGACCAGUUCAAAGGAUUUCUGCGAGCUCACACGCCUUCAGUGGCCGCGUCAAGUCAGGCGAGAUCUGCAGUCUUCUCAGUCACCUUCCCGUCCUCAGACAUCUACCUGGUAGUCAAGAUUGAAAAAGUCCUGCAGCAGGGAGAGAUUGGAGACUGUGCAGAGCCCUACACGGUUAUCAAAGAAAGUGAUGGUGGAAAGAGUAAAGAAAAGAUUGAAAAACUAAAACUCCAAGCUGAAUCCUUCUGCCAGCGUUUGGGGAAAUACCGGAUGCCCUUUGCCUGGGCACCCAUAAGCUUAUCAAGCUUCUUCAAUGUCUCCACCCUUGAGAGGGAGGUAACUGAUGUGGACUCUGUGGUUGGGAGAAGCUCAGUGGGUGAACGGAGGACACUGGCCCAAUCUAGAAGGCUUUCUGAAAGAGCCCUCUCCUUGGAGGAAAAUGGGGUUGGAUCCAACUUCAAAACCUCCACUCUGAGCGUUAGCAGCUUUUUCAAGCAGGAAGGAGAUCGCCUUAGUGAUGAAGACUUAUUCAAGUUUUUAGCUGACUACAAAAGAUCAUCAUCCUUACAGAGACGAGUCAAGUCAAUUCCAGGCUUGCUCAGACUGGAGAUUUCUACAGCUCCAGAGAUCAUCAAUUGCUGUCUGACUCCUGAAAUGCUGCCCGUGAAACCCUUUCCUGAAAACCGGACACGCCCGCACAAAGAGAUUUUGGAAUUUCCAACACGAGAAGUAUAUGUCCCUCACACUGUGUACAGAAACCUUCUCUAUGUCUACCCACAGAGGCUGAACUUUGUAAACAAACUAGCAUCAGCCCGGAACAUUACCAUAAAGAUCCAGUUUAUGUGUGGAGAAGAUGCUAGCAAUGCGAUGCCGGUCAUCUUUGGAAAGUCCAGCGGGCCUGAAUUUCUGCAGGAAGUGUACACAGCUGUUACAUACCAUAAUAAGUCUCCUGACUUUUAUGAAGAAGUGAAAAUUAAGCUCCCCGCAAAGCUCACAGUAAAUCACCACCUCCUGUUCACCUUCUACCAUAUCAGCUGUCAGCAGAAGCAAGGAGCCUCCGUGGAAACUCUCCUGGGAUAUUCAUGGCUGCCAAUUCUCUUAAAUGAACGUCUUCAAACUGGAUCCUACUGUCUCCCAGUUGCCUUGGAAAAAUUGCCACCCAACUACUCCAUGCAUUCCGCUGAGAAAGUCCCAUUACAGAAUCCUCCCAUUAAGUGGGCUGAAGGACAUAAGGGAGUAUUUAAUAUUGAAGUGCAAGCUGUUUCUUCUGUGCACACCCAGGACAACCACCUGGAGAAGUUCUUCACCCUCUGCCACUCCCUGGAGAGCCAGGUGACCUUCCCCAUCCGCGUGCUGGAUCAGAAAAUCAGCGAGAUGGGGCUGGAGCAUGAGCUGAAGCUCAGCAUCAUCUGCCUGAACUCCUCCCGCCUGGAGCCGCUCGUGCUCUUCCUGCACCUGGUGCUGGACAAGCUCUUCCAGCUGUCCGUGCAGCCCAUGGUUAUCGCUGGCCAGACAGCCAACUUCUCCCAGUUUGCCUUUGAGUCCGUGGUGGCCAUCGCCAACAGUCUGCACAACAGCAAGGACCUGAGCAAGGACCAGCAUGGGAGGAACUGCCUGCUGGCUUCCUACGUGCACUACGUCUUCCGCCUGCCAGAGGUGCAAAGGGAUGUGCCCAAGUCAGGCGCUCCCACUGCCCUCCCAGACCCUCGGAGCUACCACACGUAUGGCCGCACAUCAGCUGCUGCUGUGAGUUCAAAGCUGCUGCAGGCCCGGGUGAUAAGCAGCAGUAACCCAGACCUCGCGGGGACACACUCCGCAGCAGACGAGGAAGUGAAGAACAUCAUGUCUUCAAAGAUCGCCGAUCGCAACUGCAGCCGAAUGUCUUACUAUUGCUCUGGCAAUAAUGAUGCUCCAAGUUCAACUGCAGCCCCAAGGCCAGCCAGCAAAAAGCAUUUCCAUGAGGAGCUUGCCCUUCAGAUGGUGGUCAGCACUGGAAUGGUGAGAGAAACAGUCUUCAAGUAUGCCUGGUUCUUCUUUGAGCUUCUGGUGAAAAGCAUGGCCCAGCAUGUACAUAACAUGGACAAACGGGACAGUUUUCGGAGGACUCGUUUUUCUGACCGUUUCAUGGAUGACAUAACUACUAUUGUUAAUGUGGUCACCUCGGAAAUUGCAGCUCUUUUAGUAAAACCACAGAAGGAAAAUGAACAGGCAGAAAAGAUGAACAUCAGCCUGGCUUUCUUCUUGUAUGACCUUCUCUCCCUCAUGGAUCGGGGCUUUGUGUUUAACCUCAUCAAACAUUAUUGCAACCAGCUGUCAGCCAAGCUCAGUAACCUUCCAACGCUCGUUUCCAUGAGGCUAGAGUUCCUGAGAAUCCUCUGUAGCCAUGAACACUACCUCAAUCUCAACCUUUUUUUUAUGAAUGCUGAUGCUGCUCCAGCAUCUCCUUGUCCUUCCAUAUCUUCCCAGAACUCAAGCUCCUGCUCCAGUUUCCAGGACCAGAAGAUCGCCAGCAUGUUCGAUCUGACUUCCGAGUACCGCCAGCAGCACUUCCUCACCGGGCUCCUCUUCACAGAACUGGCUGCUGCCCUGGAUGCCGAAGGGGAAGGAAUCAGCAAAGUACAAAGGAAAGCUGUCAGUGCCGUUCACAGCCUGCUAAGUUCUCACGACCUGGACCCACGCUGUGUCAAACCAGAGGUGAAGGUCAAAAUCGCCGCCCUUUACCUACCUUUAGUCGGCAUCAUUUUGGAUGCUUUGCCACAGCUCUGUGACUUUACAGUUGCAGAUACUCGCAGAUACCGCACCAGUGGCUCGGAUGAAGAACAAGAAGGAGCCGGUGCCAUUAACCAGAAUGUGGCUCUGGCCAUAGCAGGGAAUAAUUUCAAUUUGAAAACAAGUGGAAUAGUGCUGUCUUCCUUGCCCUAUAAGCAGUACAACAUGCUGAACGCGGACACUACUCGCAACCUCAUGAUCUGCUUCCUCUGGAUCAUGAAAAAUGCUGAUCAGAGCCUCAUUAGGAAGUGGAUUGCUGACCUGCCAUCAACGCAGCUCAACAGGAUUUUAGAUCUACUUUUCAUCUGUGUGUUAUGUUUUGAGUAUAAGGGAAAACAGAGUUCUGACAAAGUCAGUACCCAAGUCCUGCAGAAGUCAAGGGAUGUCAAGGCCCGGCUGGAAGAGGCUUUGCUCCGUGGGGAAGGGGCCAGAGGGGAGAUGAUGCGCCGCCGGGCUCCAGGGAACGACCGAUUUCCAGGCCUAAAUGAAAAUUUGAGAUGGAAGAAAGAGCAGACACAUUGGCGGCAAGCUAAUGAGAAGCUAGAUAAAACAAAGGCAGAGUUAGAUCAAGAAGCCUUGAUCAGUGGCAAUCUGGCUACAGAAGCACAUUUAAUCAUCCUGGAUAUGCAGGAAAACAUUAUCCAGGCGAGCUCGGCUCUGGACUGUAAAGACAGCCUGCUGGGAGGUGUUCUGAGGGUGCUGGUGAAUUCUCUGAACUGUGAUCAGAGUACCACCUACCUGACUCACUGCUUUGCAACACUCCGUGCUCUCAUCGCCAAGUUUGGAGACUUACUCUUCGAAGAGGAGGUGGAACAGUGUUUCGACCUGUGUCACCAAGUCCUGCACCACUGCAGCAGCAGCAUGGACGUCACCCGGAGCCAAGCCUGUGCCACCCUUUACCUCCUCAUGAGGUUCAGUUUUGGAGCCACCAGUAAUUUUGCAAGAGUAAAGAUGCAAGUAACCAUGUCCCUGGCAUCUUUGGUGGGAAGAGCACCAGACUUUAAUGAAGAGCACCUGAGAAGAUCCUUGAGGACAAUUUUGGCCUAUUCAGAAGAGGACACAGCCAUGCAGAUGACUCCUUUUCCCACCCAGGUGGAGGAACUUCUCUGUAAUCUGAAUAGCAUCUUAUAUGACACAGUGAAAAUGAGGGAAUUUCAGGAAGAUCCUGAGAUGCUUAUGGAUCUCAUGUACAGAAUUGCCAAGAGUUACCAGGCAUCUCCUGAUCUGCGGCUGACCUGGCUCCAGAACAUGGCAGAGAAACACACCAAGAAGAAGUGCUACACGGAGGCUGCCAUGUGCCUGGUGCACGCUGCUGCGUUAGUGGCUGAGUAUCUGAGCAUGCUGGAGGACCACAGCUACCUGCCCGUGGGCAGUGUCAGCUUCCAGAAUAUUUCUUCCAAUGUGCUGGAGGAGUCUGUGGUCUCUGAUGACACCCUGUCACCUGACGAGGAUGGGGUGUGUGCAGGCCAGUACUUCACCGAGAGUGGCCUCGUGGGCCUCCUGGAGCAGGCUGCGGAGCUCUUCAGCACGGGAGGCUUAUAUGAGACAGUUAAUGAGGUCUACAAGCUGGUCAUCCCCAUCCUAGAAGCGCAUCGAGAAUUCCGGAAGCUGACACUCACUCACAGCAAGCUGCAGAGGGCCUUCGACAGCAUCGUUAACAAGGAUCAUAAGAGAAUGUUUGGAACCUACUUCCGAGUUGGUUUCUUUGGAUCCAAAUUUGGGGAUUUGGAUGAACAGGAAUUUGUCUACAAAGAGCCUGCAAUUACCAAGCUUCCUGAGAUCUCACAUAGACUAGAGGCAUUUUAUGGUCAAUGUUUUGGUGCAGAAUUUGUGGAAGUGAUUAAAGACUCCACUCCUGUGGACAAAACCAAGUUGGAUCCUAACAAGGCCUACAUACAGAUCACUUUUGUGGAGCCCUACUUUGAUGAGUAUGAGAUGAAAGACAGGGUCACAUACUUUGAGAAGAAUUUCAACCUCCGGAGGUUCAUGUACACCACCCCGUUCACCCUGGAGGGGCGGCCUCGGGGAGAGCUGCAUGAGCAGUACAGAAGGAACACAGUCCUGACCACUAUGCACGCCUUCCCCUACAUCAAGACCAGGAUCAGCGUCAUCCAGAAGGAGGAGUUUGUUUUGACGCCGAUUGAAGUUGCCAUUGAAGACAUGAAGAAGAAGACCCUGCAGUUAGCGGUUGCCAUUAACCAGGAGCCGCCUGAUCCAAAGAUGCUUCAGAUGGUGCUGCAAGGCUCUGUGGGAGCCACUGUAAAUCAGGGACCGCUGGAAGUAGCCCAAGUGUUUUUGGCUGAAAUUCCUGCUGAUCCAAAACUCUAUCGACAUCACAACAAGUUGAGGUUAUGCUUUAAGGAAUUCAUCAUGAGAUGUGGUGAAGCUGUAGAGAAAAACAAGCGUCUCAUCACGGCAGACCAGAGGGAAUAUCAGCAGGAACUCAAAAAGAACUAUAACAAGCUAAAAGAGAACCUCAGGCCAAUGAUCGAGCGGAAAAUUCCAGAACUGUACAAGCCAAUAUUCAGAGUUGAGAGUCAAAAGAGGGACUCCUUCCACAGAUCUAGUUUCAGGAAAUGUGAAACCCAGUUGUCACAGGGCAGCUAAGAAAAGCCAUCUUCAUUCGUGGAGACUGUGGCCCUGCAACCCUGGAGAAGGACUUGCUGGUACUUAAAAAAUGGGACAUUUGCCACCCAGGACUGACUGUGCACUCCCCGACCAGCCGACAUUUGCCACCCAGGACUGACUGUGCACUCCCCGACCAGCCGACAUUUGCCACCCAGGACUGACUGUGCACUCCCCGACCAGCCGACGUUUGCCACGCAGGACUGACUGUGCACUCCCCGACCAGCCGACAUUUGCCACCCAGGACUGACUGUGCACUCCCCGACCAGCCGACAUUUGCCACGCAGGACUGACUGUGCACUCCCCGACCAGCCGACAUUUGCCACGCAGGACUGACUGUGCACUCCCCGACCCGCCAGCACUCGGGAAGCUUUGGGAUCCCAGGAACCAUGGAGUUAUUCCCAAAUGGACUCUGACCAGAUUUUUGCCACACUGGGGGGUGGCGGGAUGGAGGAUGGGUACUCAGGCAUGACUGCGUAUUUAUUAAAGUGUGUUUUUCCACAACGUACCAAACAAGGCAUAAGCAGCUUCUCCUGCUGACUGGCCAAUCACUGCCCAUCUGAGAGAUGAUUUCCUCUGGCCCAUAUUUGAAUUUAUUGGAGUAACUCAAAUUGCCUGAGGAAAAAUGGAAAAAUUAUCCACCAGUCGAUUCAAACUGAAUUUCACUCUUUAUAGGAAGGCAGGGCAAACUUGUAGGAGUACGAAACAUUUUCAAUAAAUCUACAAAGGGAAGCCUUACUACAAUUCCAAAAAUCAUCAUGGUUGGAAAUUUGGGAGGAGAUUAUUUGUGAACUUGUUACCCUUUUGGUAAUGGUGGACUAAUUGCUGUAUAGUUAUUUUUGUUUUAUUAUUACUGUUACAUUAAUUUAACAUGCAUUUAUAGAAGAAUACAUUCAAAGCACUGAUGUAGGAGAUACACGGUACGUGGAGCAGUCAGCCAGAAAUCACAGAUACUGCUUUCACUUAAAUGGAAACAAUUCUCCGAUAAUGCUUUGCUUUUUUUCUUAUGUCACUCUUGUGUACUAUCUAUUUUUCUCCUCUCUGGGACCAAGUUUCUUUUUAUAAAGCAAUAAUAUAUCUGUUUUCAUUUCAGAACAUUGUGCUGUCUGUCAGCAUAUGUAUAUCAGCUACAAAAUAUAUUCAACUUUGACUUCUUUUGACAAAGGACUUUAGGAAAAAGAGGAACAAAGACAUUAUCUGAGAAUUAAAUUAUAUAUUUUUAAUAUGACUGUGACCUUGACUGAUAAUAAAGAUGUAAUAAGAAUUGCAAGCUAAA